CCAGGGUGCAGUCAAGAGGCCUUUGGAGCGGGGCUGCCACGCGCAGAGGGGAGUUUUGGGUGGGGCGAGGCUUCUGAGGAGCACCCCUGCUGCUUAGAAGGCGCGGGCCUUGUCUGCAGUUGCCACUGCAGUUGUCCCGCAGGUUUUACGGGAAUGAUUUUUUGGGGGUGAAUCAGUUUUGCAUUCGAUCCUCUACUCGAAGGUCUGGGGAGGCAGCAUGACGUUGGGACACGGCUGCUGCUGCGUCGGCAAGGAUGUAUGUUUCAGACCUGGCGGUGCAAGAAAAUAUGCACCGCCACAGCUUCCUGGCUGCAAGCACAAAGAGUGCGCCUGGAGUUUUCGUUUUGCGAGUUUGUUGCGUUCAGCUUUCCCAGGCGCCAACGUGACGCUGGAUAACAGAGCGGUCGCUGGGUGCGGAGGAGACUGUACUUUGCCCAGCUUGGCAGUGCAGCUCUCUGCAAGUACUGGACCAGCACCCGAUCUGGUGCUGUUCGAUUUUUCCCAGAAUGGAAACGGACUCGGCAACUACGAGCUUCUCGCCCGCAUCGUCCACUUCUUCCUGCCCCGCACGCAGCUGGCAGUCCUGUGGACGGGCGGCCAGGCGGUCUUCCAGGGCACCACGAGGGUUGAGAAGAAACAGGUCCAGUUUGCAGAGUAUCGCAACUACCCGGUGGCGGUGCUCGAGCAAUACCGCCGCGGUGGCGGAUUUGAAUUUCUAUGCAUCCGAGGACGCUUUUGUCCGAGGGGGGGGUGCGUAUGUCAACAUCUGGGACGAGGGCACGCACCCGAGCUGGCGCACUCAUUCGUACGUCGCGGAUCUGCUCUCCAGGUGGUGCAAUGUAGUCUUGGACAAGUUAGAGGCGUGUGACAUCGACGCGGCAGUUCCCGACGGACCCGCAUUGCGACAUCCAGAGGACUUCCGGCCUGAUGAGAUAUGGAUGUCGGGCUUCCAGAAAAAGGGGGAGAAGAAGCCUCGCAAAGUUAAGCCUCUGAACAUGUCGAACGUGUGCUUGCGACCUUUCACCAAGCAUUCGGCGUACGAGCCUAGUCCCACGUCCCCCAGGUCGGGCGGUGGCUGGCGCUUGUACGAGGAUCGCCCAGAGAAGCCAGGCUGGAUAGCGAGCUCCCCCAGCGAUUGGCUGUGGUUCCCCGUGCAGCUGGGCCCCGCAAGGGGGCUCAUCGUGCAGUAUCUGCGGUCGUACGAGAACCUUGGAGACGCGGAGGUAUUGAUCAGGGGGCCUCAGCCAGAGCGGGUCCGAAACUUGACGCUGCUCCCCGGGCUCUGGGAGAGAGCGACCUCCGAGACCGAGACCGAGUUCUGGUUCCCGUGCGACCUGUACGACGCGCGGUGCGGCAACACAGCGAAGAGCCGCUUUCACCGCCUUCGGGGGCUCAAGCCGGGCAACUACACCGUCGGCUUCCGGCUUGCCAACGGAACGGGGAACAAGUUCAAGUUAAUCACGUUGUUGACCUGUUGAUGCAGACGCGGCAGCGUCUGACCACCGGGCCCCUUUCUGUGGCCACGCGCGCUCGGGAGGAGGAUGAGAGGGAGCAGAAGUGAGUCUCCACCCCCGUUAUGCACCGCAUGCAUUUGCCCCGCUCCGCGCAGCGCGUUGCUGAGUUAAACCGAUGUUCUGGUUUAGCCCCCGCCGCCGCGCCCUUUUGUGUUCACUUUUUGGGCGCGUUUCUUUCAACGCCCCUGUGUUUCCAUUUAGUAGAUGUGCCGUUCCUCUUCUUGCUGCGCUCUUCUGAAAUCAUUGUUGGGUGCUCUUCUUGCGCACUGCGGGUCCUUCAGAAUGCCAGUCAGCAUUGAGUGGUCCUGAGUAGAAUCACCACAUGUGUAGAAAAGGGUUGGGUACGUCACAGAGUAUGGUUUGUUCCGUGGGCUGCUACGUGACGAGCGAGUUUCCGGUGAUUGUGGUGCGCCGCAGGUUCUUGGAGUGAUUGGGGCGCCGCAAGUUCUUGGAUCAAUUCGUGUACUGCCACCGUGCCGACCACGGCGCAGUGACCACCACCUUGUGACACGGCAGUGAAUACUGUAUUGGGAAUGACUUACGGCCAGUGCCGCCGACCUUGGACGCU